AUGCAUCUGCUUUAUGUAACCCUUUUACUGCUGCUUGUCGACGCCGUCUUCUCUUUACCUGCACCGCUGGAGGAUUUCAGACCAGACCCUUCUAGGUCAUUGAGAGAGAAACGCCAGUUCGGAGGUUAUCCGGGAUUCGGCCGUGGUGGAUAUGGAUACGGUCGUCCAUAUGGUGGUGGAUUUGGCAGUCCCUAUGGAUAUGGCAGCCCAUAUGGUGGAUAUGGUAGCCCAUUCGGAGGAUUCGGUCGUUAG